AUGUCGUCACGCAUAAAAAGACUCUCUAAGGAACUGGAGGACGUUAAAAAGGACCCACUUGCCGGUGUUAGUCUGGAUGUGAUCUCGGAGGAUGAUUUGUCACACCUCACGGGGUCGUUCCUUGGACCUCCCGGCACUCCGUACGAGGGCGGUCUCUUCAAAGUGGAUAUCCAGGUCCCAAACGAGUAUCCGUUCAAGCCACCAUUGGUGAAGUUUGACACAAAAAUCUAUCAUCCCAACAUUUCUUCGCAGACCGGUGCCAUCUGCCUGGACAUCCUCAAGGGCGCAUGGACGCCUAUCUUGACUUUGAAGAGCACUCUAAUUUCGCUACAGUCUUUGCUCCAAUCACCCGAACCAAGCGACCCACAAGAUGCCCAGGUCGCUGCGGUUUACCUGAAGGACCUGGAUGAAUUCAACGAAACCGCCGCCAGCUGGACCAAGAAGUUCGCGCCCAAUCCAGAUUACAAGCCCGACUCCUCGGCCACCCCUUCCUGGAAAUCCAGCAACAAGGCGACUCCCGAGGUGGAUGAGGCAGCGAAGUACGGAAUCGACGACUCAACAAUGAAGCUGUUUGAGGACAUGGGAUUUCCGAGAUCGAAGAUCAUUGCUGGGUUGAGGAAGCUGAACUUGAAGUAUGUAAGCCAAAGGGACUUUGAUACGCAGCAGCGUGUUAUUGAAGAGCUGAUAUGA